GAAGAACGUUUUUUCUUUACCGUUUGCUUUCCCUUGCCCACCUAUGCUAUCAAGCUAGACUGAUUUGAAACUAUCUGCUGUAAUGCUUCUACACAAUAAGGGUAACACUAACUUCAGUUGAUGAAGACAAAUGCUUCAUCAGAGAUGGAUAAUGCCUCUGCUAAACAAUCUUUAUCUGGGAAUGCUAUCAAAAUAUGGUACACAAGAUCAACUAAACUUGCUGUGGCAGUUGCCAUCAUUAAAGCCAGACCAUCAGGAAAAAGUGGUAGACAGUAUGCGGAGCAAUUGGCUUGCAGGUUCAACCAUCUUGAGCAGUCCUGGAAGAUGAAAGCUAAGGGCCUACAGGAGGAGGUGCUGCAACUUCGUCAGGAACUUCUCCUUUCCAAGAUGCUGUUGAAACCCAACAGGAACAGCAAAAAUGGUGGUGGUUUAAUGGAAAUACUCUCGCAGGAUCUCAUCCCAUCCUUGGGACCCUUGUCGAGUGAGCAAAUGAACUCGGUGCCUGAUUCAGGCUGUGGAACAGAGAAUAGCACAGAGUCCCUCCAGCAAUCCCUAUGUGUGGAGAAGGGCCAGACGGAGACCUCCGCACCUAUCCCCUCCCAUCCCAGGCAGCCCCACUUCCCACAGACGAGCUCCGACCGGCGGGAGAACGCCCUGCUCUCCCACAUGCAGUUUCUGCAGAACUUCUGCAGCUUGCGUAAGCUGGGUGCCCGUGGGCUCUCCCUGGAUGGCUACGGCGCUGUGGUCUGGGACUCGGUGUGCCAGCUGCUCGGCUCCCUGGUGCCUGCCGCCUCCAGGGACGUUCAGUGCCACCUCCAGCAGGCUUUGCUUCCCCAGGCGUCACAGGUGGUGGCGCAGGUCGUGGAUGAGUGGCGGGCCCACUGUAAACCCCCGGGGCUAUUCCUCACCCAGGCAGAGGACUGCCUGAAGAAGCUCACUGGCCACCUGUUGAAUAAUACUCAACUCAAUCGGAUUAUGUCGGCAGCAGGCCCGGACAAUACCCAAAGGGUCAGAGGCAGUACGUUUGGAGGAUUUGGAUUUGCAGAGAGUAGCUUCCCAUCGCAGGAGUGUCUGUCCGACUGCCUGAUCCGGUUGGGUGGCAGUGCCACGCUCAGACCCACCCUCCUGUGCCUCCUUUUCUCCCACAUCAACCACCUGGCCAACCACCUGUGGCACACCUGCCAGGAAACGGCGAGUGGGAGGGCGGCGCGGCUGGAGGUGGGACGCUACGAGAACUCCUUCUACCUCCUCUGGGUCCUGGAGCAGGUCCUGAGGGAUGCAGGCGCCCCGGAGCUCAGGGAGGCCCAGGCCCAGCUGGAGAGGCAGGUGCUGCGUCUGGCUGACGAGUACCCACUCUUCAGCCUCUACCUGUGGAGAAUCGGAGCCCUGCUCAAGCCGGAGGUCUCCACAUGAAAGACGUCAAAGCCUGCCGUGGACUGAUGCCAGGUACCACCUACGUUCCAUUACUCUUCAGACCAAAGGACUGAUCAACAGACUGAUGCAUGUUUGCUGAUAUGGCCAGAUUAUCAAGCAAGGGUGCCAGUUGACAUAUCAGAUUAUAGAGUUUGAUGCAGUUUGUUUGGGAGGCCCAGUCUUCCCUACAAUUGUGUGUUGACAGACUGUGCUUUUACAGUGGAGAUAACUCGGUCAGCUAGUGUGGAGCACUUUGGUAAACAGUCCUAAGUGUCUUUGUAAGAGAAUACAUUUGCAGCAAUUGUCAUACAGAACAUGCAUGCAUGCUCCUUGAUCAAUUGUUUGUUUGUUUGUUUUUUCAUUUUGUCAAACCAGUAAUCAGACAACCAGCCAGGUUGAACUAGAUAUUUGUAUUUUAAAUAGAUUGCAUUUCCUUUGGAAUAAAUGCUUCCUUUUUA